GGCCACCCACUGGAUAUCGGCCCAUCACAAGCCCCCCAACUCCUCAUUCCUCGACUGGGCCACGUUGAGGGAUGGGGAGUUUACGAGGUCCACGUGGGCAUUCAAGCACGGAACCGGGCUGUUCCUUGGGUUCCGCAUGACGUUUGGGCACGAUCUCCACAGAUAGGUAAUCAUGACCUGCUGCUUCUCCUUCCCACUAUCAGUUAAAGCCGCGUUGGACGCCAUCUUCUCCUUUUUCCUUCUCCAUCAUCAUUCGUUCGUGGUUCCGCUGUUACCCGACCCGUUUUUCUUCUGCUUCAGGUCUGUUCCCUUUUUCGCCACCAUGAUUGUUUCCGACUCCAAUUCGGCCACCCCACCGUCUAGUUCUCGCCAAGCUGAUCAAUCGGUCUCUGGCCGUGACCCAAGCCACACUCAAUUGUCUCAGCCGUCGUCGUCGGCCAUGCCCGGCCAAAAGCGGCGCCGAUUGACGAAGCAAUUUCCUUCCUCGACCCCAGUAGAUGAGGGCUCGAGGGUUAAGUUGGACGAAAACAUCAUGGCGCUGUGCCAUUGCCAGAUUACUGACCGGGGGUUCGCCGAUGCUACUGACAUGGUUGGACCCUCCAUCGAGGUCCUGAGAUCUACCAGUACCCAAACCGCCCUAGACUCUCCUUCAGGGUUCUUCACAGUUCAUCUGGCGUCUUUAAAGAAGGGGUUGCGCUUCCCUCUCCAUCCGUUGUUGAUUGAAUUCCUCAACGUGGUGGACCUCCUUUCUUGCCAAUUGGUCCCCAACUCUCACCAGUACAUCGCCGGUUAUCUGAGGUCCAGUAAACACUUCACCAGUGAUAAGAAGGGGUCAACCAAGGACUGGAAGCCCUUCUUUGUUUUUGUCUCGACGGGGCCCGAAUCUCCUUUCACAGGUUCAGGGCACCCCUCCUUCCAUCGCAUCCCAUGUCCCCCGUCUGAUGCCACCCUUUUGUCCAUCACCCGUCAACUCUGCAAUAAGGGGGCCAUGAAAAUCAAAGAGGUUGUGACCGAGGAAUCCCUCGCCGGGCUGGGGUUUGAGUUCGUCCAAGACGAGCUUCAUCACAAACCCGACCUGCUGAGGGACGUUCCCGGGGGGUAUCAGCCUAACCAGCCAAGGGACAUUCCUGAGGAAGGUCUUGAUUGUGGUCCUUUUGUUGAAUUACAAGACCUAGGAGAAGAGAUGGACAGCGAUCUCCUGCUGAGUCGCUUCACUGCAGGGAGGAAGAGGAAGAGAGAGGCAAAGGGCCAAGGCAAGUGCUCUUCCUCCCACCGAGCUGUAAUCGUGGUGGAGGACCAGGAUGAUGCGGCCCUAGAGACGGGUACAAUGGCGGUCCAUUCCCCUCUGCACUCUCUGAUGCCAGGUGGCGACCUUGCUGGGUCGUCCCAAGGUGUUGUCUCGGAGCAACCUACUUCGUCGCCCGCAGUGACCUACGAAGUGGCGACCGAGGGUUGCUCGAUGAGGCUCAGCAUUCCUCCCCCGCCUCAAAGACUAGGGGACGUGCAGCUGGAGACCUUGAUCACCCUGCCCGCGGAAGACCAGGCCCGCAUCUCAGCCGGUUCUGAGGACGAUCUUGACAACAUGGUCCUCUUGAGGCUUAACCAGGCUUCGCUGGGGAUGAUUGAGGUUGUCGGCAGGAAGCGGGGCCGCCAAGCUGCUUCGGAUGAGGCGAUGAAGGCAGCGGAAGCCAAGAAGAAGGAAUUACAGGAGGAGGUCGCUCCCCUUACGAGGGAGUUGGAGGAGAAGGAGAGCUGCUGUGCUGCUCUUGAGGCAGAGGAAGCCUCCCAAAAGGACCGCUGCGUCGCUCUUGAGGCACAUAAAGCCUCCUUGUCUUCGGAGGUGGAAUCUGUUUCUGCUCGCAAGGUCGAGUUAGAGGGGGAGAAGACUGACCUGAUCUAGUAGUUGGAGAUGGAGAGGAGCGACCAGGUCCGCCAUGCGGAGGAAGCGGUCGAGACUUUUAAGUCCUCUCCUGAUUUUACGAAGGUCGCUCUAGAGCGAAUGGACAAGCUGGCAGCCGAGUGGCUCAAAACUGAACCUGGG